AUGGAGUCAACCGAACAGAGCCAGGAGCCGUGGUUCCUAAAAUACAAAUUCCCCGUCUUUCUACCAUCUCAUCCAGCCCUUGACCUCGCGUCUGAUGACUAUGAGAGGUAUCUCGUCACAGAGUUCAAACAAUGCCGCCAGGGCCUGGCCGGUGCAGGUGCCUCUCAGGCGAGUAUCGAUCAAGAUGAGACCGAUACAAAUAUGGGCACGGAGAUCUUCACUCUUGUUAGCGGAGAGUCGUCUAGUACCACUGGAGAAGUCCGUCAAGGUUUGGAGAAGAUGGCUGUGGUUACUGACGCUGCUUCUCCCGUGCCUGAGGGCCAACACCCGUUCAUGCAAGGCCUCCUCUCCCAUGGCAACGCUGCAACCCCUUCAAAUGAAGAUACGGAAAACAAGAUGUUGACCGAGAAUGCGGGAGUCGCCUAUCGCUCCACUACAAAUGCUCUGGUAGACCUUUUCGCGGAGCUCGAGGAUGUCGUCUCAGGUCCUCGCCUCCUCGAACUCCUCAACGCUGCUUGGGAGUGCGACCCACUUGUCACCCUGAAAAUCGUCUUCAACAGUCGUUCCAUCCACCUGGGAAAGAGCUCUCGCCAGACUUUCUACCGAUGUGCUGGAUGGCUCGCAAAGUACCAUCCUCUCACCCUCGUGGCGAACCUCCCUUGGCUCAGUCGACCAGUAAUACAAAAGAAGAUUGAGACAAAUGCUGAGAAUAAGCAAGGCAAUGAUGAUCUGGUCAUUGUGGAGGCUGAAAAAGAUGAUAAAGAUCCAGCUCGAUUCGAUGUUCGACACGGGGUGUCCCACGGCUACUGGAAGGACCUCCUGAAUAUUCUUGCUUUGCAUGUCAAUGGAAAGCUCGACGUUCUGGCCAACCCAAAGGACAUCCUAAAUAUCGAGCAAGAGAAGGGCAAAAAUGACUUCCCAGAUCAGAGAACAGCGAAAGAUCUCCGUCACGAGAAGCGCGACGCUCGCCAUGAUGCCGCGCUCGAUGCCUUCAACAAUGACCCUGUCUAUCGUGCUCUCCAUCUUACCAUUGCCAGGCUCUUCGCAUCUGAGCUGAAGUCAGACCUCGCUCGUCUCCGCGCAGAAGACCCCAAAGCCAGGCGAGAUAUCUCGCUUUGCGCAAAAUGGGCACCGUCCCACGAGCGCUUCCACGAUAAGCACACGUUCAUUGUCUCAUCCGUCGCCGAGCUCAUGCAUCCGGCCACCGAAUAUAGCAGUGAGCUGGGGUUUUAUGAUGCCGGCAGUAAAGAACAGCGGGUGCUGUAUCUUCGCUACGCUCGUGAGGCAUAUCGUAAAGACAUUGCGGCUCUUCGCAAACGACUCGAAGUUGUCGAGCGUGAAAUUACCGCAAAGACAUUCGAGAACAUCAAGUACGAGAGGCUUCCAUCUAUCGCGAUGAACAACUAUGCCCCUCUCUUUGCAGUCAAGGACGCAGAUCGCUUUGAUCAGUACCUCGACCACGUUGCGAAUGGAAAGGCGCGUAUUUCAGGUGCUACGCUUCUUCCAAGCACCCUAAUCAAGGCCGUUCGAGAAGCAAACGGCGGUGCUUACAUUAGCCCAUCCGCUGUAGGCCGCAAGAACAAGCGCAAAGGUACCAACCACUUAGUCGAGAGCAAAAUCCAGCAGAUGCAGACCAAGUCUCUUGACGGACAGUGGAAGGCACUUGUGCAGCGGAUCAAAGACUCGGGUAAACUACAAUCUAGUAUCGCAGUGGCCGAUGUAUCUGGGUCCAUGUAUUCCCCCCAAUUCCCCGAUGGGAGUUGCCCCAUGGAUACAUCCAUCGGUCUUGCUCUGCUUCUUGCAGAAGUCACCGAGCCACCAUUUGGAGGCGCUUUCAUCACUUUCAGCGCUAACCCCAAGGUCCAAAAGAUCGAUCUUUCCAAAGAUCUGAGCGACAAGUACUCUCAGCUGAGCCGGGCUGACUGGGAUAUGAACACCGAUUUCGAGGCUGUAUUCGAGAAGCUCAUCUUGCCGAUGGCCCUUGAAAAUAAGCUGAAGCAGGAGGAUAUGGUGAAGCAAAUCUUCGUCUUCUCCGAUAUGCAGUUUGAUUCUGCUUCUUAUGGUGGAGGAUGGUCUACUUCAUACGAGCGCAUCAAGAGGAAGUUCGAGCAAGCCGGCUACGAGAUGCCUCAACUCAUCUUCUGGAAUCUAGCAGGGGGUCGAGCUGGCUAUGGAGCUGGAUACGGCGGCGGCGAUCCUGUAGCUCCGAAGCCCAUCACAACGGCAGACGAGGGAACAGCCAUCGUUAGCGGAUACUCUCAGGGCAUGCUCAAGGUAUUCCUUGAUAACGGCUCGUUCGAUGAUGGUUCCGACGAGGAGGCAGACGAAGUGAUGACAAUUGUUAACGAGGACGGUGAGACUGUCGAAGAGACCCGAAAGAAGCCUAGAAUAGACCCUCUAAGUACAUUGAAGAAGGCUGUCGGCCACAAGGCGUACGUUAUGUUGAAGGUUGUAGAUUGA